GCUCUCACCUUUGCUGCCUCAGAUCUCACCUGUUAGGUUGAAACUCCAGGACUGUAACAGCGUCUUACGACCAAGAGCCCGACUGGAAAUCAAAACAGCACAGCGACAUGGAGUCUACAGUAAAGGAUUCCCCCGUCAGAGCGGGUUUUCACAGACUGGAGGUCCAGAAAACGACGUGGGACGUCCCGGAGAGAUACACGGCGCUGCGGCCGGUCGGCUCCGGAGCUUACGGGACAGUGUGCUUCGCCAUUGACCAGAAGACCAAGGAGAAGGUGGCCAUCAAGAAGCUGUAUCGUCCUUUCCAGUCCCUCAUCCACACCAAACGGGCCUACAGGGAACUCAGGCUGCUCCGCCACAUACAGCACGAAAAUGUGAUCUGCCUGCUUGAUGUCUUCACACCUGACUCCACACUGGAAAAAUUCCAAACCUUUUAUAUGGUGAUGCCAUUUGUAGCCCAGGAUCUGGGCCACAUUAUGAAGAAGCGGAGAUUAACUGAUCGCAUCAUCAUAUACCUGUUCUACCAGCUUCUAAGGGGACUCAAGUAUAUUCAUUCUGCAGGGAUCAUUCAUCGGGAUCUGAAGCCCGGUAACCUUGCUGUGAAUGAGAACUGUGAAUUAAAGAUCCUGGAUUUUGGCCUGGCAAGACAGACGGAGAGUGAAAUGACUGGUUAUGUUGUCACGCGCUGGUACAGAGCACCAGAGAUCAUAUUCAACUGGAUGCACUACAGUCAGACAGUGGAUGUCUGGUCAGCCGCCUGUAUCCUGGCCGAGAUGAUUACUGGCCAGGUGCUUUUCCCCGGACACGACAGUAUCGAUCAGCUGAAGAAGAUCCUCCGUCUGACAGGAACACCAGACUCCUCCCUGGUUCAGAGGAUGCAGAGUAAAGAUGCGCAAUCAUAUGUGCAAGGUCUUCCACCACAAAAGAAGAAAAACUUCAAGGAAGUGUUUCCGUCCAUGGAUGAAAAUGCUGUAGACCUUCUGGAGGGGAUGUUACUGCUGGACCCAGAGACAAGGCUAACGGCUAAGCAGGGACUGUCGCACCCUUUCCUGGCCGAAUAUCACGACACGGAGAGCGAGCCAGACUCCGAGCCCUACGAUGACUCAUUCGAGAGCCUGGAGCUUGCCGUUGGCGAGUGGAAGAGCCUCAUCCACAUGGAGAUCAUGACCUUCGACCCUGACAACCCCAGUAAGACAGCCAUGUAGGAGGCUGUGAUGUGCGGUGUUUGUUAUAAUACAUACACAUACUGCAAAGGUCAACAACAACGUGGAGCUCAGAGAAAAGACACAAAACACAUGAAAAUGUCUCGAAUGUUUUUUUUGGUGCGUCUGAUAUGGAUUGCAAUAGAAAUGCAUUUUACUAGAGGGCAGGUUUACUUUGUGUGGCCUGUAGAGGACAAUAGGAAAAAGAGAGACUAAGACAUUAUGCCAGCAGUAAUGUUUGUAUUUAGUAAUAUUUAGACACCACUUUGAACAGAAAUCAGAGGCCUGUACCUCCAACUUUGUCAAAAACAAUGAACCUAUAUGAAUCUAUAAAAACGCUGUCUUCUCAUUUCAAAAAGUACAAAAUGAUAAGAAAACCUUUACUCAAGGUCUAUUUACUACUUCUUUUCUGAGCCUUCUCAACUCACUCGUUCUGUGAAAUGUUAGAUGUUCGAUCCAUCCAGUGAUGAAGGCAGUGAGACAAUGUUGUGAAAACAGGUGGACCUUGACUUUAAGAUUAUGUCGUAAAACGUCUAUUCCCACUGUCAGUGAUAAACUUCUACAAAAUAUUUAUUUUAUUGACUACUGCAAAGUAGAUGGUAAAACAAAUGUGUGAAAAUAUCCAGUGGAAAAUGAUGAAAUAAUUCCAGUACGUGGUAGGAUGAUAACCCUGCCUUAUAAUACAAUAUCCUUAGUUACAUUUUAUUUUACUUUACAAGGACAGUUAUUGUAUAUGUCUCAUUUUGUAUUGUAUGUAUUCAUAAUAUGUAAAGGGUAUUUGGUGCAAUUUCACUUGGAAAGAUGUGGGCAUUUAUUUUUGAUCAUUAUUUUUACUGUUGAACCCACUCAAGUGUUCUUAAAUAAAAACAGUGUUCAAAAAAUGA